GUGACCACAGCGGUAGAAGAAGUAGAGGUGACCCUCCUCGCGAAUGAGAAGUGGGAGUACGGCUUCAGUCUUGCAGCAGAUCAGGACACAUAACAAUGUCUGACCCCAUUCGAGUUUUGGUGACCGGUGCCGCCGGCCAGAUCGCCUAUUCUCUCCUGUACUCCAUCGCUAAGGGUGAUGUCUUCGGCAAAGAUCAGCCUCUCAUCCUUGUCCUCCUGGACAUCCCCCCCAUGCUGCCAGUCCUUGAAGGUGUUGUUAUGGAGCUGCAGGACUGUGCUCUCCCACUUCUGAGGGAGGUCAUUCCAACAGACCAGGAAGAGGUGGGUUUCAAGGACCUGGAUGCUGCCAUCCUGGUGGGCUCCAUGCCUCGGAAGGAGGGUAUGGAGAGGAAGGACUUACUGAAGGCCAACGUGGCCAUCUUCAAGUCCCAGGGGGCGGCUCUGGAGAAGUACGCCAAGAAGACUGUCAAGGUCCUGGUGGUUGGAAACCCAGCAAACACCAACUGCCUGAUCGCUGCUAAGUCUGCCCCGUCCAUCCCCAAGGAGAACUUCUCCUGCCUGACCCGUCUGGACCACAACAGGGCCCGCUCUCAGGUGGCCAUGCGUGUUGGAGUGCCCGCUGACAGCGUGAAGAAUGUCAUCAUCUGGGGAAACCACUCCUCCACCCAGUACCCCGAUAUCCACCACGCCAAGGUCAAUGUUCAGGGCAAGGAGAUGGCCGCCUUCGACGCUGUGAAAGAUGACUGCUGGAUAAAGGGAGAUUUCAUCUCUACAGUUCAGCAGCGUGGGGCAGCCGUUAUCAAGGCCAGGAAGCUCUCCAGCGCCAUGUCGGCUGCCAAGGCUAUCUGUGACCACAUGAGGGAUAUCUGGUUCGGCACUCCUGAGGGCGAGUAUAUCUCCAUGGGCGUCUACUCUAACGGAAACUCCUAUGGUGUCCCAGAUGACCUCAUCUACUCAUUCCCUGUGAUGAUCAAGGAUAAGUCAUGGAAGAUCGUGGAGGGGCUGGAGAUAAAUGACUUCUCUCGCGGUAAGAUGGACGCCACAGCAGCGGAGCUGGUGGAGGAGCGUGACACCGCCGUCUCCUUCCUGAGCGUCUGACUAGCACCCCGACGGCCCCCGUGGCAGCACUUAGACCCCCCGAAACCUCCCGACCCCCGUCUGUGAAGCACUCCAGCGUGUCCGUGUGUACAUGUGUCACUCGUCAUAUCUCUGCAGUAAAAUACAAGCCUGUUACACAGAUCUACCAGCUCUCUCUGUCAGAGUUCACAGGGGAAUGUUCUUUAGAAACAAUAAUGCACUAGAGGUCCAGGCAAUGUAACAGUUACCUUUUGAGUACAACAAUAAAACCGUGAA